AUGUUCUUUCUUUAUUUCAUUCUCUCUUUCGCAUUUGAUUUAAUACGUGUCUAUCUAUCUUUCUUUCAUUCUUUUUCACAAUCGCAAGUUCCCCUCUUUUUGUUUUCUUUCAUUCUAAUCAAAUUCAUACUUUAUUCUUAUUUCUGUCUUCUUUUGUCUGUCUAUUUUAAUUUAUCCAUGGUUUUCAUUGAUUCAUUCUUUCUUUCUUUCUUUUAUAUUCUUUCUCUCUCAUUUUUAUUCCCUUUCUUUAUUUCUUCUUUUCUUAAUCUCUUUCUUUCUUUUAUAUUCUUUCUCUCUCCUUUUUUAUUCUAUUUCUUUAUUUCUCCUUUUCUUAGUCUCAUUCUUUUUUUUUAUUAUAUUCUUUCUCUUUUUAUUCUUCUUUUUUUUCUUAAUUCCUUUCUUUUAUAUUCUUUCUCCUUUUUUAUUCUUAAUCUUCUUUUUCUUUCUUUUCUUUUAUAUUCUUUCUCUCUCCUUUUUUAUUCCCUUUCUUUAUUUCUUCUUUUCCUAAUUUCUUUCUUUCUCCUUUUUUAUUCCCUUUCUUUAUUUCGUCUUUUCCUAAUCUCUUUUUUCUUCCUUUUUCUCUUUCUUUCUUUGCCACCUAAUCUUUCGUUACAUCGUUUUUUAUUUGCUUCUUCAGUUUUCUUUCUUUAUUUCUUUGAGUGA